CAAUACCGGCCAUGAUCAAUGACUUGGACACAAAAGAAGAGAGAGAACGACAAGAGCAAAACCAAGGAGAGGAAGAAGAGCAAAAAGAAGAAGAAGAAAAUGGCGCAACAGCGACAGUCUCAGAGAAAGGAAAAGGUUCGGCAGAGGAUAUGCGGAAACCAAGUGAACUGGAAUCCAUCCUUCGUAUUGCAGAACCCGCUUUCAAAUCUGCUUUAUAUAAGGCAGAAAAUGAGGAUGAACUGAGUGAGAAUGAAAACGUAACUAUUGUGAAUUAUCUGGAGUGUCUGGUGGUUUUGAGGAAGCUGCAGCGACCUGGAGUGGUGCAGAAUCUGACAGUAAGUGGCCUUAUUCUCUAUAUUGCUGCCUUUCUAUGGAAUAUAUAGGUUUAUCUUUGCUCUUCAAUCUCACUCUUUGUUUAUUUGGUAGGUAGAUGAAUGGGAAAGAAGAAUUCCUCAUCGUGGAACUCAUGUAGUCAUACCGGUGCAGGAACAUAAAAUGGCGGCCAAUCCAUUAGCUGUGCUAGUAUUGACUGUAGAAGAGGAAACGUGGUUUGAUAUCUAUAUUAACAGGGUCAGACCGACAUUUCUACAGGGGAAGAAUGAAAUACAGAACUUUUUUAUCUCCUCUUCUGGUCAAAAGAUUCACAAUGUAUCACAAGAUAUCGCAAGAUUUCAUUACAAAUUUGGAUUGAAAUCAGUGACCAGCGAAAUGGUCAGAAGGAAUGCCGAAACCUUUGUGUUCUCAAAAUGCAAAGAUAUCAACGAGAGGAAUAUAUUUAUAAAAUAUCUGUCACAUUCUAAUCACACGGCUGAACGUGUCUAUCGGGAGAAGAUUAUGGAUGACACGGUGAAACCAUCAGAGACGCCGAUGCUACACGAGAGCAAAGAUAAUCCGACCACCUCCAAAACUGAAGUAGAGGAAAAACCUACAACCUCUCCUGUUAUAAGAUCAAAAAAGGACGAGUUUGAAAAAUUCAUAGAAAAGUAUCCUGUCAAUGUGGAGACGGACCCUCCCCCUCAUAAAAUAUGCCUUGCGGAGUCUGCGGUCCAUGGGCAACAUUUAUAUGACAGGUGGAGGAAAUUGCAGAACAGGAUGCGAGUGCAGUAUAUAAUCGGAUUGCUUCAGAAUGAUCGGCCAAGUGAAGAUCGGGUGAGGAAAUGCAUUGGACUGCAGCUAUGGGAGAACAACUUACCAAGGGUCAGAGACAUUUUACAGCAAUGGAAGAAAAAGUGAUUUCACUGGAAACAGCGACAUUUGUGUUUUGUUGUUUUUAUUUGAUGUGGUUCGGCACG